AUGUUAGCCGUGGAUAUAGAGUCGUGCUACUAUUUGGCGUUUUCUACUCUUGUGGGAUUGUUCUUUCUUUCUUUAUUCUUCGUACAGUCAAGGAAGAAACAGGUUUACCCAAAAUCGUAUCCCUUAAUUGGUUCAUCAUUGGAAUUCAUAAGAAAUCGCAAGCGGAUUAUCCAGUGGACUAGUGAAAUAUUCGACAAGUUAUCGUCCUCCACAUAUACACUUGCAUUGCCCUUACGACGAAAUGUCAUAUUCACUAAAGACCCUUCCAAUGUCAAGCAUAUUCUCAAGAUCCGCUUCAAUAACUACCAUAAAGAGAGGAUAUUCAUAGAAGCUUUAUCAGACUUAUUCAGGAAGGGUCUUUUCCUCUCCGAUGGCUCGGAGUGGAAGUCACAAAGACAAUUUUUUCUCCAUGAUCUCGAUCCUAAAGAGUUUCAUGCUUAUACAUUUGUAGUAGAGGAAGAACUCUCGGGACGUCUUGUCCCUUUUUUAAGUAAUGCAGAAAAAACUGCAUCUACAAUUGAUCUCCAGGAUACAUUUUGUCGAUUCACAUUUGAUUUUGUAUGUCGGAUCGGGUUUGGGUUCAAUCCUGAGUAUUUAUUACUUUCUAUGCCACCAACCCCUUUUGCCGACGCUUUUAAAACUGCAGUAAAGUUGAGCAUUUUAAGAUUUGUAGCGGGGGAGGACUUGGAGGACAAGGACGUGUUAGCAAGAAUAGUGAGAAGGGCACAGGUCUCGAGUAACCAGAAUGUAGAAAAAGAAAUUGUGAGAGAAAUUAAACAGAAGGAUGGACGUCUGAGGGAAAUGGUUUACACGCAUGCCUCCAUAUAUGAGUGCAUGAGACGCUUCCCUCCCAUUCCACUAUAUUCAAAUGAAGCAGUGGAAGACAAUGUUUGGCCUGAUGGAACACAAAUGAAAAAGGGGACGAGCAUAAUCUACCACAUAUUCACUAUAAGUAGGUCACAAGAAUUGUGGGGAUCAGAUUGGGCUGAUUUUCAUCCUGAGAAAUGGUUGGAGAGAAGAAGAAGUGGCACAUCAAAUGGCGGUGACUGGAAUUUCAUCACGAAAGACCCCUUCACAUAUCCGGUGUUUCAAGUAUGGCCAAGGACUUGUUUAGGAAAAGAAAUUGUGGUCGUGCUGAUGAAGAUGGUGGUUGCCACCAUUCUAAAGAUCUUCCGAGUCAUUCCGGCUCCGGAUAAUUUCUCUCCACAUUAUAAUUCAAUUGUUGUAUCAAGGAUGAAAAGUGGUUUUCCAGUAAGAAUCAUAGAGGUCAUUAAGCAUAGUUUCCAAUUUACUUCUAUGUUAUUUGUAGAAUAG